GGAGCCGGAGCGGGCUUGCCUGGGCAUGUGGGAGCUGCGGGCGGCCUGAGCUCCACGUGCGGCCGGGAGCACCGCGCCGCUCCUCAGAGCGCUGGCCCACUGGCAGAUCACCUCCCAGGCUUCGCUGGCCCACGACGGUGAGCUAAUUGGGAUGGUGCCCCGGGAGGGCCCUGUGUCUGCCCAGCGCCCGUGCCCUUCCCCGGCCAGCCUCAAUGCCAAGGAUGUGCUUCGGAGAAAGCACAAGAGGAAGAGCCGACAGCACCAGCGAUUCAUGGCUCGCAAGGCCUUGCUGCAGGGGCAGGGGCUGCUGAGCUCGCCCCCGGAGCCGGGAUCCUCCCCAUUGCCUCCACGGCCGGAAGCACUGCUGGCCACCGGAGCCACCGGCGGCCGGAUGCAGCAUCCAAGGAAUGAAUCCGGAGGGGCCUCAUGCAGCCGAAAGCCCACCCCCAGGGAGUCUGCAGCUCCCUGGCCCAGCAAGUGUGUGGCUAUUGACUGUGAGAUGGUGGGCACGGGACCCCGAGGGCGGGUGAGCGAGCUGGCCCGCUGCUCUGUGGUGAGUUACCAUGGCGAUGUCCUCUACGAUAAGUACAUCCGGCCAGAGAUGCCCAUCGUGGACUACCGUACCCGCUGGAGCGGCAUCACUCGGCAGCACAUGCGCACAGCCAUCCCCUUCCAGGUGGCCCAGAAAGAGAUCCUCAAGCUUCUGAAAGGCAAGGUGGUGGUGGGGCACGCGCUACACAAUGACUUCCAGGCCCUCAAGUACGUCCACCCUCGGAGCCAGACCCGGGACACCACCUAUGUGCCGAACCUGCUCCAGCGGCCGGGCCUCCACACCCGCACCCGGGUCUCUCUCAAGGACCUGGCCCUGCAGCUGCUACACAAGAAGAUACAGGCCGGCCGGCAUGGCCACUCGUCGGUGGAAGACGCCGUGACGGCCAUGGAGCUCUACCGGCUGGUCGAGGUGCAGUGGGAGCAGCGGGAGGCCAGCAGCCCGCCGGGCUGCCCGGACGACCGAGAGCCUGACAGCAGCACGGACGUGGAGCAGUUCAUGGAGGACCGGUACUGGCUGGAGGACCCGGCCCAGGGCACCGGCGGAGGGACGGCGCCCGCGCCAGACAGAAGGGAGUGAGGCCCCGGGCACCGCAUCCCAGGCGGGGCAGGAUCUGCCCGCCGGCCGCCAGCCCCGGGCAUGGGACCAUCAGUCCUCUCGGGUCCCUCUGCCCCCAGCACAGUGCCCCCCUCCCCAGGGCACUUCCUCCCCACCCCUGCGGUUGCCAGUGGUGCUUCCUGGACACCGUGGACAUGUCAGCUGGGCGUGUGAGGAGGACCCAGCCCGAGGAGGGAGGGUGCCGCAGAGGCCCCAGCCGUCACUGCCUGCCCCACCCCCAUGCCGUGCUGUCUACAGGGGUGAUGUCUCCUCCUUGGGGUGUUAGCUCAGCGACCUGGUAAACCCCCCUUCUCUUGUCCCCUGCCCUUCGUCCACAGGCAUCGUCAGCUUCAGAAUGAGUGUGCCCUGAAUCUGUAGAGUUAAGGCCACUCUAUGGGAUCCCCCUUCGCUCUCUCUCUGGACCGGAGCUCUGGCUGUAGCCGUAGCGGGGACCCUGUGCGAGGCUCGGAUGGCGAGGCAGGGCCCUCAGGCUCAGGGGGUGGUGGCACCGGAAGUCACCAGGCACUGGUGACAGGGGGAAAGCCGAUAAGCUUCGGUGGAGAGUGUGGCGUAUUAAUUUUGACCCAAAUCAGGCACUCCUCCCGCCAGCCCCCGCACUAGACUCCCUUAAGCACAAGCCUGAGGAACAAGAGAGCAGCUUGAGUUCUGGGGCCCCUGUGCAGAAUCGCACCCGAGGGACCUGGAGUUAUCGAGAGCAAGGUCAGCAGUGUGCAGGGAGCAGAGUGGGCGUGCACUGGGGGGCUAGGGCCGGGCAGUGCAUCCGCACCCGGGCUGAGGUCCCUCGGGCACUUCGACCCACAGUCAUGUGGUCACUGGGUGUUCUCUAAACUUCUAGAAAUACUUUGUCAAGAUUUCAUGUUCUACCUUUCUUUCCUUGUCUUCUAAUUUGGGGUAUCGAGGCGAGCCAAGAACUCUGGUCCACACAGACCUUUGAGGCCCAUCUUGGCUUGCCACUUAAUAGCUUUGAGACCGUAAGUCUGUGACCUCAGUCUUGAGCCCGUUUCCUUGUCCAUAAAAUGGGGAUGAUGAUAUAAUCUACCUCACGGGGUUGUCAUGGGGGGAUGCUAGGGGCCUGGCAGUUUGCAAGCUGAGGUCAGUGGGAGCUGCUGUUGUUUCUUCGGGGGUCAGUGUCGGCGUCUUCUGGGUCGCACCUGCACGUGCCCCUUGCUUCGUUCAGUGCGGGGUUCUCCCUGCGGCCGGGUGACCCGUGUACACUCUGCGUGCAGGGGAUGACGAUGGUGUUUAGGUCACUCUGGCCAAGCAGCAGGGCCGAGAGCUGAGGGACGCUGCUGAGACCACACUACUUCGAACUCGUCUGUUACCAGCUCCCUCCCCGCCCGCAGAGUGGGGGUCUGGCUGGGGCGCUCACCUCUGCUGCUCUGGCGCCAGGGCUCUGUUCUGGGUCCUUAACAUCUGCAGCUGGCGCCACACGCCCAGCUGGGGCUGCAGCUUCGGGACUCUGCUGUGGCUUGAAGGAAGAUGGCGCUGUUACCAGCAGGGAAAAUAUACUGGUUUUAAGAUCAGCUUUGUUGUAAAACCAUCUGUUCUGGAAUAAAACUCAAUUAGAAACGUG